CUUCUCCUUUUUUCUUACUUUCUUCCACUCUACCCUGCAAUCUCCUGUUCUUUUCUAAUACAGGUGGACGCAGGCUGGAUUGGUUUCUGGUCAAUUGUUGGUGGAUGUGUGUUUGGAGUGGCAAUGGCCAGGUUUGCAGACUCCAUUCGGGGGAUGCUGAAGCUGAUCCUGGUGCUGAUGCUGGCAGGAGCCUCACUGUCCUCCACCUGGUUCACGCUAACCUGUCUGAGCACGUUCACUCACCUCCCCUCCACCGCAGCCAUCCUGUACACUUCCUGCAUCCUGUUGGGCAUUUUCAUUAACAGCAGCGUGCCAAUAUUCUUCGAACUUUUCAUUGAGACCGUGUACCCGGUACCUGAAGGCAUCACCUGCGGAGUGGUCACUUUCCUGGGGAACCUUGUCACCGGUCUCCUUCUCUUCUUUCUCACUUUUUACUGUACAGAUGUAUCGUGGUUAAACUGGUGUCUAACCGGCUCCUGUCUCUUCAGCCUCGUCCUCAUCCUCUUCUUCAGGGAGUCUUACGACCGCCUCUACCUGGACGUCUUUGUUUCUGUGUGACAUUGCUGAGGACAACAAAUCCCCACUACAACUAACAGUAAAGAACUAAAUAAUUAUUCUUGCACAAAUAGGAGGAGAAAAACGGAGACAAAGGGAAGGUGGAAAGCCCACACUUUUUUAUCACGGAAGAUUUUAGGAUGUAAAUGUAUAUAUUGGUAACAGUGGUGAUGGAUUGCUGUUGUAUGGCUGCAGACGAGAACCAAGAAGCGAUUCUACACCAAUGUUUACUCUUUAAAUGUGAUCGACUCAAUGCCAUAUGACUGUUUAACACAUCCUUAACUGUUUUAUUUGUCAGUCUCUUUGUUUGUAUAAACACAAACGUAUGUAAACGGUUUAAUUUCUUAACCAGGCACAGCAUGACAGACUUUUAGUAGUUGUUGUUUACGGAUCAUGUACAAUUUAAAGUCCCCCCCCCUUGCGGCCACUCUGUUCACCUUCCUUGAUCGUUGCUCAAGUAACUGGACACUGACUCAAAGCUUUUGAGUCCAGUUCAGCAUCAACGGUCUGCCCCUAACGUGGAAGGAAAGGGUCAUAAGCUUUGUCAGCCAAUCAGCAGGCCUGGCUGGGCUGAGUCGGGGCUAAACGGGGGACCUGGUGUUUUAGUGCUGCUCCGAGCUACAAGAUGGGACUCACCGGGGAAGCUUAACUGUCCUGAUGCCGUUAAGUGACCUGUGAUACUGUCAUUGAGAGGCAGGUACUUAUAUUAUGUUUUAUUGCCCUCUCAAGACGAAUAUUAUGCAAACAUUAUCUACGACUGAAUGGCGGCCAGAGACGUGGGCUGGAUUUGGAGAAGCCUGCGCUUUUUCCCCCCGCAACGUGGAAGAAGCUGAGUCAUCUGAACUGUUGCACCUUCACGUUUCAGAAGUUGUUCAGGCUAUUACUAGGUAAUUGUGUCAAUUUCUGCUUUUUAAUCUAACCACAUUAUGUUCGUUAACUUUUUACAGGUUUUUUAAAUGUGUUUUCCUCAGCAGCCUGCCAGUAAUUAUUGAAAAUGUCUCAACAUUAACAUUUCACACCCAGUUUCACUGAAACAGGAUGUUUGGUACUGAUUUCAGCCACAGAUGAGGCACACUGAGGGAGAUUAUUUUAUCAUACAGACAUGAGGAUUACGCCGCACUGUAAUUGCCAAGCUGCUCCUCCUCCCAAGCACCAGCAGGUAUCUCUGCGCCAACUGAGAGCCGACUGACCCAAAGGGAGUAAGAAAAGAAAGUUGCCAUUUUCUUGGAUUUCUUGACUGAUUGAACUGGAGCUGUGACAAAAACCCAGCAUCAGAUCUGGAGGGACACAACCACAAGGAAACACAUCAUUGUAAAUGAAAAACAUCUGUCACUUACGGACAAAGUUUUUCUCUAACUUUUCCAUGACUUCUCUUAGUGUCUUUGUCUUGCACAGCAGCUAUAAGACGUCUUUUUAAUGUGUUUUCCUCCGGGGUUCGAGGAGCCUCUCUAAUGUGUUUUGUGGUGCUUGUUUUUUUUUUUUUUUUUUUUUUUUUACCUCUCCUUGUACAGAAAAGGUUGUCUUUUACCUUUUGACAUGUUGCCUUAAUUGCCCAGUGCUGUGCGUUCAGCCUCCCUCUCUUCCACACUGUGACCAUUUUAUCUGUAUAAAUUGUUAAAGGUCAUGUUCUUCUGUCCUGCAACACACACUCUGUGGUUUCCCGAGCUUUGGGUUAUAAACAUCCUUGUUUUGUGGAAAGGAAAAAGAAAAAUGGGACUGUUGAAUAUUUCCAGCACCUUAUUAAAAUAAACAUCUUAUGAUUAA